GUGGCCGAAUACGCAGCGCUCGAACCUGUGUCUCGGCUGGUUAAAAUCGCUGACAGUGGUGUGCCUGUGAUGGACGUUUAACUCGUGUUGUGCAAAGGUGUUUUUCUUUCCCACGGCGCAACUGCACAAGAUCUCCGGACAUCAAUGACCGAUUGCCAAAUGGUGUCCCCAGACUUCACGGCAGAGGAGAAGUUGGAGGUCCAGACCAUGAAGACGUACAAGGAGGACCUGCUGGAGGACAUCCAGAAGCUGAAGACGGAGAUAGACAUCGUCAUGGCAGAGAUACUCAGCUUUCAGGUUGCAGAGGACAAUAAAACCGUAGAGAAGACUAAGAAGUACUCCACUGGAAAGAAGAAAUUCAACAUGGACCCCAAAAAGGGAAUCGGUUACCUGGUGGAGAAUAAGCUGGUGGAGGAGAAAGCCCAGCCGAUCGCCGAGUUCCUCUACAAGGAGGAGGGACUCAAUAAGACAGCCAUUGGUGAAUUCCUAGGAGAGAGAGAGGCGCUCCACCUCCAGACCCUCAAAGCCUUUGUGGAGCUCCACGAGUUCUCAGACCUCAACCUGGUCCAGGCCCUCAGACAGUUCCUGUGGAGUUUUCGUCUGCCUGGUGAAGCGCAGAAGAUUGACCGCAUGAUGGAGGCCUUCGCCGCACGUUACUGCAACUGCAACCCUCACGUCUUCCAGUCAACCGACACCUGCUACAUCCUUUCAUUCGCCAUCAUUAUGCUGAACACCAGCCUCCACAACCCCAACGUGAAGGCCAAGACCAGUGUGGAGCACUUCAUCUCCAUGAACAGAGGAAUCAACAAUGGCGGGGAUCUACCCAAUGAGCUGCUUACGCAAUUGUAUGCAAGCAUACGCAACGAGCCGUUCAAAAUCCCAGAGGACGAUGGGAACGACCUGACCCACACCUUCUUUAACCCCGACCGAGAGGGCUGGCUCCUCAAACUGGGAGGCCGAGUGAAGACGUGGAAGAGACGAUGGUUUAUCCUGACCGACAACUGUCUCUACUACUUUGAGUUCACCACCGACAAAGAGCCAAGAGGGAUUAUCCCGCUGGAGAACCUGAGUGUCAGAGAAGUGCCUUGUCCUCGCAAACCCUUCUGUUUGGAGCUGUAUAACCCCAAGAGUCAAGGGCAGAGGAUCAAGGCCUGCAAGACGGAGACUGACGGCAGAGUGGUGGAGGGGAAUCACCAGUCCUACACUAUCUGUGCUUCCAGCGCUGUAGAGAGAGACUCCUGGAUAGACGCCAUCAGAGCCAGUAUCACCAAGGACCCGUUCUACGACCUGGUUUCAGUCCGCAAGAAAAAAGUCAUCAACCAAACCCCCAAGGACUGACUCGCUUAGCGCCGCCAGCAGAAGACUUAUGGUACUGCACCGCGGUGCCAGGAUGAGAGCACAUCCUCUUUACACUGCAGUAAAUAUAGCUCGAAAUAAAGCUGACAGCAGGAAGUUCAGGGCCAUCGUUUAAGUUAAAGUGGGAACUUCUCUCUUUGUAUCUUAAACGUAUGUCAUGUUGUCCCAACUUGUGGACCAAGCCAUGAGUAUUAUGUGUAUGUUCUGGUUACACUAUUUAAAAUGGGUUGUGUGCGCUAUCUUCUUUGCAAUGAUAGGACAAGUGUUUUUUUUGGGGGGGGGGGGAUGCAGGUGCUGCCAAACUUAAGAGGAAUAUGUGUGAAGCAAGGACACGACGGAGCGUGCAACUUCCCAUUUAGUCUGAGUGUGCUAUUAAAAAAAGGGAGAUAUCAGUCACUCGGCUUCUUCCCAGCUCAGAAGUCACGUCGGUGCACACACUUUUCAGUCACGUUGCAAAAAGCACAUCCUCCUACAUGCAGUUGUUGAUUUGAAGAUUUUUGUGACGAAAAUGUUUGCUAGCAUUAAAGUUAUGCACGUUAGAGGUCACUGAUCAAGUUAAGAAUUCAUACGAAGUAGUUCGGUCGGUAAGGAUAACAUCAUCUGUGUAGUUAGUAUGUUGACUGAUAAACUUGAGCUAAUUUAACUCUUUUGUUUUCAGGGGUUGUUAUAUUGUAGUGGUUUUGCUGGUUUUCUGUCAUAUCAGGUAGUUACUUGUAAAUAUUCACCUGUUGUCAGGUAUUUCAGCCAUCUAAUCCUUGGUGGGCUUUGUCCAGAAUCACAUGCUACCUACUAGAUUUACACGUAAACUAUCUUGCAGCAUACUAUCAUUUGCAUGCGAGUAGCCGCCUUAUUCCUGGCCCCCAUGAUACCUUGCGUGAAUUAUGGGCGCGACUUCCGGCGCGUCUUGUCACUGAACCGGAACCGGCGUUUUCCAUGGUAACGGUGCGCUUACCGUCUUUCUUAGAGCGAGUUGUAUGGCGUCCCAUUCAUUCAUGAAGAUCUAGCCAGCCAAGUUAGCUAACGAUGUGGGAACACCACCUCACGGGACUUAAAAAGGGCGACCCCCCCACCCCCCAGGAAACCCGUGGAUAAAGUACGAUGACUUUAUGCACACUGGAAAAGCUGACCUGCGGGGCUUUCUGCCAGAAAGCU